AUGGACCGGAGACCUAGCAUGGUCUCACUGGAGGACCAAUUACGCUGCCCCGUCUGUCUGGAGGUGUUUACCGAACCGCUGAUGCUGGAGUGCGGUCACUCCUACUGCCGCUGCUGCGUCCGCUCCAUGGACCUGGAUCCGCUGGGUCAGCUCCAGUGCCCGGUGUGCCGCUGCUCGGUCGACGGCCUGAGCCCCCCGCUCAACCACUCGCUGGCUCGCCUCGUCGAGUCGCUGCGGGACGUGAACCGGCCGGGUGACGUGCCGCCCGACAACUGCACGGAGCACCACAACCCGCUGAGCCUGUACUGCGAGGACGACCAGGCGGUCAUCUGUGGCCUGUGCGGCAGCAUCGGCGCGCACCGCUCACACAAGGUCACGCCAGUCAGCAGCGUCUACAGCCGCAUGAAGGAGGACAUAUCCUGUCUCAUGACGGAGUUUCAGAGUCAGAGGAGGAAACUGGAGGAGCAGAUUUGUAAAAUGGCCUACAACAAAUCCCGCAUCACCAACGAGUCGGACGUGCUGAAGUGGGUGGUGCGUAAGGAGUUCGGGGAGCUGCGGCGCUGUGUGGAGCAGGAGGAGGCGGCGUUCAUGCAGCGGGUGGAGGGCACCGCCGCCGCCCUCAUCGCCUCCAUCCAGCGCCAGGCCGACCACAUGGGGGCGCUGCUCAGCCGCCUGCAGGAGGCCGAGGGCACCCUGCACGCACUCAGCAACGAGGGCCACCUGGCCUUCAUCAUGAAGUACGGAUCGAUCGCUCCAAGAUUUAAAGAGGGCCAGCAGCGGCAGCAGCGCGAGGAGAGGAUCUACAGCUCCAUCAACUUUGACCCCGGCUUCAAGCACAACGACAUCAAGAUGGCCGUCUGGAAGCGGUUGCACCGGAGGGUACUGCCGGACCCGGUUCCUCUGAAGCUGGACCCCCUGACGGCCCACCCCAUGCUGCUCCUGAGCGCAGACCGGACCCUGGUGGAGUGCAGCGCGCUGCCCAGCCGCCUGCCCAACAACCCCGAGCGCUUCAGCUACAGCUACUGCCUGCUGGCCAGCCGCGGCUUCUCCUCGGGCAAGCACUACUGGGAGGUGUGUGUGGGCAGCAAGCCUAAGUGGCGUCUGGGCCUGAUCAAGGGCACGGCCGGGCGCAAGGCUAAGCUGCCCAAGAGCCCCGAGGCGGGCGUGUGGCUGAUCGGGUGCCGUGAGGGCCGUGUGUACGAAGCCUUCGCCGUGCCGCGCGUGGUCCUGCCGCUGCCGUCGCCCCUGGAGACGGUGGGCGUGUUCCUGGACUACGAGAAGGGCGAGCUGACCUUCUACGACGCGGGGAGCCCCGACGAGCUGCGGGCCGUCUACUCGUUCCAGGCGGAGCUGCAGGGGAAAGUGUACCCGCUCAUCGACGUCUGCUGGCACGAGCGCGGCGCCAACAAGCACCCCAUCAGGCUGCCACAGCCUCCGCAGAACCAGCACACCCAGCAGCAGCAGCAGCAGCAGACCCAGCAGGCCUGAGGAACCAGAACCAGAACUUACUCUCAAGAACUAGAACUAAGAUUAGAACCAGAACCAGGACUUACUCUGAAGAACUAGAACUAAGAUUAGAACCAGAACCAGAAUUUACUCUGAAGAACUAGAACUAAGAUUAGAAUCAGAGCCAGGACUUACUCUGAAGAACUAGAACUAAGAUUAGGACUAGAACCAGAACCAGAUUUUACGGGCCGUUCUCACCAAGAACGAUAACUAUCACGAUAACUAUAAACAAAUAUUGCUCUCGUUAAUAUGAAUGAUGGUGUUCAUACAUAAACAACAACGAUAACAACAUGAAGAACAAUAUCGUUGGGGAUCACUUUCAGAGCGAUUUUGAGAAUGAUAAAAAGCUAACAGCCAAUCAAAACCCAUCACAUUUAUUAACACAAGGAGAGACUUUUUCAUUGUUGGUCAGUGUGAAUGUUUUUUAUCGUUCUUGGUGUGAACGGCCCUUUACUCUGAAGAAGUGGAACUAGGAUUAGAACUGGAGCCAGAACCUUCUUUCGUAGCGUUCUCCAUAUAAAGGGAAUGGUAAUAGUAUCGUAUCGUAUCGUAUGCAUGAAAUUAGUCAUUUCACAAUGAUACUUACACAAUGGAACACAUCACUUGAGUGUUCUGAUACUUUAGUUUAAAAGAUGCAGAGGUCCAAGUGCAGGCAUCCUCUUCUUCUGGCACAUGGCAGAGUAUGAGCACAGUGUGAACGCAUCUCUUAUCUUUGUAUUGUGUUGAAUUGUUCAAUAAAGCAUUAAAAAAAAAAU